AUGGAUGUUGAAAGCUCGCCACCUCCUGUUGGUCUUCGGCAGGUUCUUGUCAAAGACGGUCCAGAAGCGUUUGCACGGGCAGUUCGACGGAAUGCUGGAUGCAUGAUCACCGAUACUACUUUUCGAGAUGCUCACCAGUCUUUGCUUGCAACUCGAGUUCGAACCUACGACUUGGCGAAAAUAUCACCGUUCGUCAGUCAUGCAUUCCCACACCUGUAUUCCAUGGAGAACUGGGGAGGUGCGACAUUUGAUGUAGCUAUGCGUUUCUUGCAUGAAUGCCCAUGGGAACGACUCGAGACGCUUCGUCAACUCAUUCCAAACAUACCUUUCCAGUGUCUGUUAAGAGGAGCGAAUGCUGUCGGUUAUAGCAACUAUCCAGAUAACGUUAUUGACAGGUUUUGCGAGUUAGCUGUGAAGUCGGGAAUGGAUAUAUUCCGUGUGUUCGACUGCUUGAAUUAUGUUCCAAAUCUGGUUGUUGGCAUGGAGGCAGCUGGUAAAGCUGGUGGUGUGAAUUUUGAGGCGUUUUGUAUAAUAAGAACAAAGAAACCAGUGGAUUUGCUGUCUCUUUUUAGGUUUUGCGAGUUAGCUGUGAAGUCGGGAAUGGAUAUAUUCCGUGUGUUCGACUGCUUGAAUUAUGUUCCAAAUCUGGUUGUUGGCAUGGAGGCAGCUGGUAAAGCUGGUGGUGUGGUAAGUGACAGCUACUUGAAGACAUGUGGUCACGCGAAAGGUGAAUGCUGUGCCUAUUAA